AUGUCGAGUCAUCCGUUUGACUUUCAUUUUACUUCUGCGAUUGUAUCGCGCGUCGCAGCGAGUUUAAAAGACGCAGCGUUGUAUCAACGAGAUGUGAGAGAAGUUAUGAAUAUUGAAAAAGCCAGAAAUCAACAUCAGGAAUAUAUCUCGACGUUACGAAAACUUGGUUUAGAUGUGAUUGAAUUACAAGCGGAUGAAUCUUUACCUGAAGGAGUUUUCGUUGAAGAUAUUGCAGUGAUUUGUGAUGGAACUGCAUUGAUAUGUCGACCGAAGACACCAGGAAGAUUAAAAGAAAUUGAAAUUAUUCGAACAAUUCUUCGACGAGAAGGUUUAGCAGUCAUUGAUAUCGAUGAUCCAUUAGCAACAAUCGAAGGUGGAGAUGUUUUAUUCACUGGUCGUGAAUUCUUCGUCGGUCUUUCUCGAAGUACAAACAUGGCGGGUGCGAAAGCUGUUGCAUCUGCUUUUCCGGAAUAUCCCGUGACUUUACUUCGAGUAAAGAAAGGUAUACAUUUGAAAAAUUUUCUUUCCAUGGUCGCAACGGAUACAAUGGCAAUCGGAGGAUCAAUAGUUGCUAAAGAUCUCCUUCGGCAAAUGGAAGAAAAUGGUCAUUAUUCAUCGUAUAAAAUUAUUAGUUUAAAAGAUGACGUAGCUGCAAAUUGUCUAUGGAUUAAUGGAACUGUUUUACAUUUACCGGUAGAUUCAAGAUAUGGAGAAAGUAUUCGAAUUUUAUUGAAUCGAUUAGGUUCAACAACUUCUCAUGCUGAAUUAAAUAACAAUGAAUUUGGCAAAGUUGAUUGUGUCAUUUCUAGUCGUUGUCUUUUAUUUAAUCGACCAAAAGAGAAUAAUACGAAUGAUAAAUAA